CUACGUGUAUCAACGCUAACAUAAAGAUGGAGCUGCUCUGUGUUUUUGGCGUCGCUCUGCUGCUCCUCAGCGCCGUAACAUCUGCGGAGGAACAGCAGAAAAACUCCCAGUGCCAUAACUACGCAGGAGGACAYGUUUAUCCCGGAGAGGCUUUCCGUGUGCCCGGUUCUGACCAUUCCCUGCACCUCAGCAAAGCGAAAAUUUCUAAGCCUGCACCAAACUGGGAAGGAACAGCUGUCAUCAAUGGUGAGUUCAAGGAGCUGAAGUUGUCCGACUACAAAGGAAAAUAUCUCGUCUUUUUCUUCUAUCCUUUGGACUUCACAUUCGUCUGUCCUACUGAGAUYAUUGCAUUCAGCGAUCGUGUGCAUGAAUUUCAGGCCAUUAAUACAGAAGUGGUUGCCUGCUCAGUGGACUCGCAGUUCACCCACCUGGCUUGGAUCAACACCCCUAGGAAACAGGGUGGACUUGGACAAAUGAAAAUCCCUCUGCUGUCUGACCUCACUCACCAAAUUUCUAAAGACUAUGGAGUCUACUUGGAGGACCAAGGACACACACUUAGAGGUCUGUUUAUCAUCGAUGGCAAAGGCAUCCUGAGGCAGAUCACCAUGAAUGAUCUCCCUGUGGGACGAUCUGUGGACGAGACUCUGCGGCUGGUCCAAGCUUUCCAAUACACAGACAAACACGGAGAAGUGUGUCCAGCAGGAUGGAAACCAGGCAGUGACACAAUUAUUCCAGACCCUUCAGGCAAGCUGAAGUAUUUUGAUAAACUGAACUGAAUGACCUUUCUUCUUCUCCAGUUUGUGAAAUCCGCCCAAAUUUAAAUAAAAAGUUUUCCAAUAUAUGUA